ACAUGAAGAGCGUCACCGCGGCCACCCUCCUCAACGUUUUCAAUGGCACUACCAACUUGACUCCUCUUCUUGGUGCCUUUCUCUCGGACACCUAUUUGGGCCGCUACAUUACUUUGGGAUUUGCUUCCGUCUCUUCCCAAUUGGUAUCUCUUUCUCUCAUCUCGGAAACUGCCUCUUUUCUUCCUCAGCUGGUUCUGAUCACUCAUUAGUUACUUCAAGAUAAGUGUUCAUGUGUUCGUCGACAGAGUAGACAGAACUUUCACAGUCGGAUUGGACCCACACCACAAUACCUAUUAUUGAGGCUCACAGCACGUGUUGGGCUCUUGUCUGCAUGCGUUGGGUGCCCCGUUAGAAAAUAAGUUGAGCUUAGUAUACUAAUGCUCUGAAUAUAAACUAAUUAGCCUUCGAUCGUCACUAGCCCUUAAAAGUAUGUGCGAUUAUGGAUUGCCGAAAGAAUAGUCCACUUAAAAUAUUGGCUCGAGUUGAAUUUGAUGUAAAAUUUCCGAGUAAGCAUAGCUUGAAUGCUGGUGAUGUUGCUGAGCCGUGUCGCUUUUAGAUUUGGUCUCAUCUUAAAUUCUAUUUCCUGGCUGACCAUUGAAGCAUCUUUAAAACCUUUACUAUUAUAAAACGAAUUUCGGAGAUAUUUCUUGAUCCCUACGAUUCAUUCCAGUGUAUUUGUAGUUCUUUACUACAUCUUUUUUUUUUUUAUUUUUUUCUCAUAGAGUCAUAGUCAAUAACAAUUUAUGCUUUUUGACCUUCUGUGAUGUAUGGUUUUCUAGAAUUCUCGACAAUAUUUGAUAUGUAGAUUCCAUUACAUAUUAUAGCCAUAAGAUGGGAGAAGUUUUUUUCUCUCCUAUAUGUAUCUGGUACAGAUGGAACUCUUGACUCAGAUAUGUGUAUGAGUUUACUGAUCUAUUUGCUGGUGUUCUACUUCUACAAAUACUACCUAUCCUAUCCCGAGAUGUACAAACGUGUCAAGUUUCGCUGUGGUCAUCACUUGCAGCCAAUAGUUUUUUUAUGGCUAAGAGGAGUCCCAUAUGCGAGUCCAAGAUUUUCACUUAAGAAGGAUGUCCAUCCGUAUUUUGACAAAAAUAUUGGUAGAACCAAUCAAAACUCUAGAUCUUGGACCGACUAUCACCAACUUUUUUUAGGUUUUUUUCUCCUCUGCUCCGCAGAAGCAUGAUGAUGAAUCCAUGUAGGGGAAGACAAAAACCUCAAAGUGAAAUAUAUAUCAAGCUGACUUGCCUGUAAGAACCUGUAAAAAUGGAUGGAUGAUUAAUUAGUAUGGACUGCCGGAGAAAUUUGCUUGAAGGGCAUGCUCGUUCUCACUCUCACUGCUGCAAUCUCCAAGCUGCACCCUCCGCAGUGCGACGAAGGCCAAAAAUGCGCAGGUCCAUCGCCAGCGCAGCUUGCGGUCCUCUUCUGCAGCUUUGGUUUGUUGAUCAUCGGAGCGGGGGGCAUUCGUCCGUGCAACCUAGCCUUUGGCGCAGACCAAUUCAACCCCCAUACGGAGUCCGGAAGGCGGGGUAUCAAUAGCUUCUUCAAUUGGUACUACUUCACUUUCACAACAGCCAUGAUGAUCUCGUCCACCUUCAUCAUCUAUAUCCAAAGCAACAUCAGCUGGGCGCUGGGUCUCGCGAUUCCCACCAUCCUCAUGUCCUUCUCCUGCGCUUUCUUCUUCCUUGGGAGUAGGCUCUAUGUGAAAGUGAAGCCUGAGGGGAGCCCCUUCACCAGCAUCGCCCAAGUCUUGGUAGUGGCAUUUAGAAAACGAGGGCUGAAGCAGCCUGAUGAUCCAAAGACGUCUCUCUUCAAUCCUCCCCAUUUUAGUUCUCUUGUCACCAAGCUUCCAUACACUGACCAAUUCAGGUGUCUCGACAAGGCUGCGAUCACGACUCCUAUGGAUGAAAUCAAACCAGAUGGACAUGCUGCAGAUCCAAGGAGACUAUGCAGUCUCCAACAAGUUGAGCAGGUAAAAUGUCUUGCAAGAAUCAUUCCUAUAUGGGCUACAGGCAUCAUCUUCCAUGUUUCGACUAUCCAAGAAACAACUUUCAUCGUCUUUCAAGCCCUUCAAGCCGAUAGACACUUUGGAAAGAGUAAAUUUGAGAUACCAGCUGCUUCUUUCAAUGUAUUCGCCAUGUUAGCCUUGACAGUUUGGAUACCUAUUUAUGAUCGCAUUUUAGCCCCAUGGCUUCAAAGAGCUACUGGUAAAGAAGGUGGAUUGACGUUACUCCAGAGGAUGGGAAUUGGAAUUGUUCUCUCCGUAGUCGCUAUGAUUGUCUCUGGAUUGGUCGAAGAGCGAAGGAGGAGUUACGCCAUUCACCGGCCAACCCUUGGGACGGCGUCGAGUGGUGGUGCGAUAUCAUCAUUUUCUAGCUUCUGGUUGGUACCUCAGCUCGUGAUUUUGGGCUUUGCCGAGGCUUUUAAUGUGAUCGGCCAGGUUGAGUUCUACUACAAACAAUUUCCAGAAAACAUGAGAAGUAUUGCAGGGGGUCUACUUUUCUGUGGGCUGGCAUGUGCUAAUUACUUAAGCGGUUUAAUGGUGACAAUAGUUCAUCGAACAACUGGUCACAAUGGGGGAGAGAAUUGGCUAGCCGGUGACCUAAACAAAGGAAGAUUGGACUAUUUCUAUUUCCUGAUCGCUUUAAUCGGAGUUUUGGACUUAAUGCUUUUUAUUGCUUUCGCAAGAUGGUAUAAAUACAAAGGUUUAGAUGAUCGUUCUGAGAUUGCCUUGGAGAAAAGCAAAUCGAGAGAUUCUCAUGUUUAAACUAGCACUACAUAAUGAGAUAUAGAUUUUCCUUGGUGUCUGGUAUAUUUUAGUUGUCACAAUAUUGGAAAUAUAUAUAUAAAUGCAAUACAAUAGUUGAUAUUUUCUUGCAAA